AAAUACACUUUUAUCAUCUCUCUCCUUUAUCUUUAGCUCUGCACAUCUUUGAUUACAUAUAUAAAAGAAAACCCUUAAUUCUAUCAAAGCUACAUAUCUCCAGCUUCUUCUGUCAGCUCAGCUCCUCACCCAUCCCUCCGUCAUUUCAGUUUCUCAGAAUUCUAUCAUAUACCAACUUUCCCAUCUCUUUUUUCUCUCAACUCACGCCCUCAAACAGAACUUUUUUCAAGGGGCGAAGAGUAGCUGAUAGCUAGUUUGAGUGAAGGUUCAAUGGAUGUUGACAUGAUCAAAUCCUCAACAGAAGAUCACAUGGAUAUGAUGACAAUGAUGAUGCAAAUGGAAAAGCUUCCUGAAUUCUGUGAGUCGCCUCCUUUCAAGACCUCUGAAAUAGACUUCCCCAAUGGGACUUCAAGUUCUACAUUCUUACCUACACAACCCAUUUACCCUAACCCCAUUAAUGACCCUUCUUCACUCAACACAUUCAUGGCCUUGCCACCUUCCACUUUAUCAUUCAUUGGCAAUAUCCCAGUUCAAGAUUCCAUGGCUCCACCUUUUCAACCCAACAAUAUGGCCAACACCAAGUUUAAGUAUCCAUCUCUUUUCAACAACUCAAACUCAUUCCCUCCUUCUGUUGAUAAGAACUCCAUGGCAGCAAUGAGGGAGAUGAUCUUUCGUAUAGCGGCAAUGCAGCCUAUUCAUAUAGACCCGGAAUCCAUUAAACCUCCGAAGAGAAGGAACGUAAAGAUCUCUAAGGAUCCACAGAGUGUGGCCGCCAGGCAUAGAAGGGAACGGAUAAGUGAGCGGAUAAGGAUUCUGCAAAGACUCGUUCCGGGAGGCACUAAGAUGGACACUGCUUCGAUGUUGGACGAAGCUAUUCAUUAUGUUAAGUUUCUGAAGAAACAGGUGCAAUCUCUGGAACAAGCUGCCGUGAAUAGGCCAAUGAGCGUAGGGUUUCCGAGUGCAGCACUGGCUAACGUGGGUUACUCCCCUUUGGUGAAAGCUUGUCAGCCAUCUCAUCAUCAUCAAGUUGUGAGCAACAUGCAGAUGCUUAGAUAGGGGGUGGAUUUUAGAAUUUAACUAGUUGAUUUGUGUAACGGGCAAUAUCAUCGUAAUGUUUUGGAUUACUUGUAAAGUUUGGAUUUCACUUGUUCUUAGUGCCACAAAGAAUUUGAUUG